AUGUCUGUGAGCCCACACCCCUUACCCAAUCCUUCUCCCGGAGCAGAGUCUCACUGGUCGUUGCCAGAUCCAGGACCUACGCCAGAGGAUCUCAAGGGACUGUCGCAAGAGCAGCUCGAUGCAAUGCAUGAGGACUUCAACGAGAGUUCAAACGCGAGAACGUAUCAACCAUCACCAGGGCGAGUCUCCGCGGCGUUGCGCGAGCUUUCGCAAGAGAACAUCAAUACGAUAGACUCAAUCGCUCAGCAGCAGUCCGGCGCCACGCCCGUCCUCAACGAGGAUCAGGACGAAGAAAAUGCCUCUACACCAAAAGCCAGCCAGUUCUCCACGACACCACGCGGGCCUCCUCCACCCCCAUCUUUCGACUCAGGUCUAUCAAUUCUCAGCACUAUCGACCUGAACAACAAAGAAUUGUUGUCCGCAUAUUGCCGAGACGCAGGCCUGACUCAAGUCAUUGCCACCAUGGAAGAGCUCGGAGAGAGUUACUACAACGAUCCUAACAUCGGUGUAUCGGCAAGCGACAUGAACGCAGCGUAUCAAAACUUGCUAGAGGAACUUGAGGAGACCUACAGACGCUCUUCCAAAGCCGUUCUCAAGCAGGCUUUGAGCCUACCGCCGACUACAGACACCACAAUUGCUUCUCUAUCAUGUCUGUGUGGUCAGCUCAGAUCCACCAUCGACAACGCUCGCGAAGACUUGGCGAAUAUGAGAUCACACGAUAUUUUGACGAAGCAUACGCCCAGACAAGAGGGUUCCGCGAUCUGUCAGGCGCUUGAGGAGAAGCUAAUCCCGGUUUUAGAACGCUCGUUGCUGCUGGAGCUGUUCCUCACCGAUAUGCAGGAUAACAUACGGCGUUCAGUCUACUGCAAGAAGACCUAUGGCUCGAACAAUUCGGUUCCUAUGACUAUCCUGGCACCCAUUCUCCGCAACAUGUUCUUGUCUGGGCUAGCAUCAAUGACGAGCAUCCAGCCGCGGAUACUACGAGCUAUCGUGACGUUGGGUAUCAAUGAGGACAAAGGCUUCGCCCAGCUAGGUGAAGCGGUUCGGGCUGCGACUGCUGACAUCGAGAAGACUUGCAUUCCCAGUGCUUACGUUCUCAAGGGGCCACGCAGCGAUGCAAACGCAGAGUAG